GCCGAUGGAGCUUCAGAAGCCGUAACUUUCUUUGACGAAAGAGAAGACUUUUGUUACACAGGCUUGUCAAGUUCAAGUUUGUUGUCGUUUAAAAGAGGGCAUCACAGCGCCCUGUCUUUGCAGUGGAGGUUGAAAGGUUGUUGGUGGACAGUACAAUGAGAGAAGAGGUGUCCUGCACCAACUCCCCUGAAGGAGGUCUCGGGGCCAGCGAAGAGGAACUGGAAAGAGGGUCGAAGAAGACCCACCAACAAGGAAAUCGAAAACGUUCCCCUUACCCCAAGAAGGACAGUCUCGGUCAGGCAGAGGAGAGCAGCACCGGCAGCCCCAACAGCCUGCUGCCAUCUGGGCCGAAGAGGCCAAAGAAAAGUCCUUCGACAGUUGUAUCAUUGGCCCCCACGUCGCUGGGGCCCAGACUUGACCAGCCCUUUGAGGACCUCCACUCUCAACGCGUCAUCGCCAACGUGCGGGAGCGUCAACGCACUCAGUCCCUCAACGACGCUUUUGCCUCUCUACGCAAGAUCAUCCCCACGCUACCUUCAGACAAGCUGAGCAAGAUCCAGAUCCUGAAGCUGGCCUCACGCUACAUCGACUUCCUCUACCAGGUGCUGCAGAGCGAUGAGAUGGAUGCCAAGCUGGCCAGCUGCAACUACCUGGCCCACGAAAGACUGAGCUAUGCCUUCUCCGUCUGGAGGAUGGAGGGGGCUUGGGCCAUGUCCACCAGCCAUUAGGAUCCCUUCAAACUUCUCUCCCCCUCGUUUCCAUAUGUUCACCCCACCACCUCUGUCUGUGUGUGCACCCAUUUCCUGACCUCUGAAUUCUUUCGAUCUGAUCUUAACCUUUUCAUCUCAAACCUUUGCGCACAUUCCUGCUCGAUC